AGAAAUCAACGAGAGAAGCGUUUUCUCGAGUGCGCGAAGUGAAUGAAUGAAUUCCGUUGAGGCGAGAGGCAGAGCAGGAUGAUGAUCGCCCACCGAAUUCUCGUGCGUAGGACCUGAUCCCGGUAGCUAUGCUGAUCGAAGGCGAGUCUACGAGACUUUGUGGCUUUUCGAGGAAUGAGGCCGCCAGCAAUGGGAGUCGGAUCGACGAUGAAGCUUUGGAGCUAGUUGAGGCAAUUGUGGCGUGUGCGCCUCGUUGUUGGCAGAUCGGAAGAAGAUGAGCGAUACUGCGUUUGCCUGCGACGUGAGGCUCCCCAAUUACUACUACUGCGGGUCGCGCUGAGUGCUUGCAUGGACGAAAAUUUCAAAACCUUCUCCGGCGCCAGUAGAUCCUGGGCAUAAGUUUCUUUACAAGGAGGAGCGUGUGCGAAGAAAGCAAGGUCAGUUGUCAGGUUUGAUGCCAGCAGAAAGAGCAGUUGAAGGAACUGGAUCAGGAAACAGAUCUGAAGGCAUCGCGGGGGUGGCAGAUUUAGGUCAUUCUGUCCCAGGAAUGGCGUCCAGAGUUGAAAAUGGAGGAAGUGAAACUGAGAGGUGGACAGCAGCUCUUUCAAAUUUAGCGGAAAUAGGGACGUCCAUAAAUUCACUUCAGAAUCUUCUUGUUGGGAAGGCUGUGUAUGUCGAUGAAGACGCUUUUGCUCAGGCUUCAGCCCAAUCAAAUCAAUUUCGUACCGUGAAGGCACAGGAGAGACGCAUACGUGACUUGGAGAAGGAGCUGGAUGCUGCCGUGUCUGCAUCACGUCAUGCGCGUGCGGAGAAGAGAGAGGCUGAAAAUCUGCAACGCGCAGCAGAAGCACGAGCGCAUGAAGUUCUUCAGGAACUUGAAGACACAACUCAGGUUUUUAAGCUACACUUGGAGGAACUUCGCCUGAAACAAGCAGAGGUGGAAAAGAAAGAUGAUGAGAUUAAAAUGUACAAGGCCAUUAUAGAAACCGUAAGAAAAGAACCUCGUGGAUCAAAACAGAAGAAAGGUUCUUGAGUCGUCACUGUGUAUCAAAUCAUCUUGCAAAUUCAUUAUCAGAGAACCACGGUUCUAUUGUAGAUCGAAGGUUGCAAAUGCAACUUUCCGGGUGUGACUCCCUGAAGCAAAAGCUGGUUAACAAAUUCUUGCUUCUGAGAUCCGAUAAGGCCUCGUGAAACGUGUCAAAACAUAAUCUCCUAUAAAUAUCUGGCAGCAAAGUAGCUCAGGUUAGCCACAGUAACUCCUUGCAGAAGGAUUGUGAUCCGUUUUCCGCUGCUCAGAGUAAGGCGCUUUUGCACCUUCAAUGCUCAAAAUCAGUAUUAUAUGUAGAGAGACUGACAAAUUGUGUGUCGUGGUUUGAGUAAAUGAUCAUGCACCCUAGAUCGCUCGAUGAAGUUGAUUCUUCUGUCCGAUGAUGAGCACUGUGUUCAGGGCUUGGUAGCUUAGCAGCCAUGCUUAGUAGCGGAGAAGCUACUAAGUUUCGUUCGUAAAUUCAAUGGAACUGACGUCAUCGUUGUGUUCACUGAGUCAGCUCUAUGUACUCAAAAAUUUUUUUGCUUGUAAAUAUCUUAAAAUGUUCUACAACAAUUCCAAG